CAGGUUCUGUCCUAGCAAAGAACAAGAGAACUUGAAAAGCUGGUGUUUCCCAACUGGGUAAUAACGGCCCAACACCCUCCUUCAGUGAGAGAAAGAAAGAAGGCUGCUUUCAAUUUCACUUUUAUUGCAUGCAGGCAACUGAAGCAGCAAUGUCUGGCAAGAGAUCCCCGGAUGAAGAUCCGUUCAGCACUAUGAAGUCAAUCGCCAUGAACACGAUUGGUGGCUUCAUUGAUGACUUGAGGGAAAGCAAUGUGUUAAAUAGGGAUGAGUUACUAAAAUUAGGGGAAGGAAUGAAGUUUAUUGUGAACACGACUGAAAACCUGGUUAAUGAUCUCAGUGAAAAAACUCAAACGGUAGGCAAAGUAUUUGCGGACCAUUUCUUCAACUCCAAGAAACAGCUGAGUUUAAAAUCUCAUCCUGAAAAUAAGGAUGAUGAAUCUGAGAGCACAGAGUCAUCUUCUUCUUCGACAGAAUCUGAAGAUGCAAGUGAAGGAAGUGGAGACGAGGAAAGGCCUGGAUCAGUCCAGGCACUGUCGCCCCAGCCAGCAGAAUCUACAAGUGAAAGUGAAGAUGAUGAAACUGAAAAGAAUUCUGUAUUGUCCCAGACAUCAGUUCUACCUAUGAUAGCUCCUCAGGAAGCCCAGGCUUCCCAACCCAGUGAUAAGCUGAAGCUGUGUCCUCAUGAUCAUUUUCACAAACUGAAGACGACAAGGGCAGACGAGAUAUACCCAGUGAUGGAGAAGGAGGGCCGAACCCGCCUGGCUCUCAUCAUCUGCAACAAGGAAUUUGACUGUCUUUCCAAACGAUAUGGCUCUGAAAAUGACCUGUUUGGAAUGAAAGACUUGCUUGAAAACCUUGGAUACUCAGUGGUUGUAGAGGAGAAUCUCACAGCUCUGGAAAUGGAAGCAGCACUGAGGUGGUUUGCCAACCGCCAAGAGCACAAAUUCUCAGACAGUACCUUCCUGGUGUUUAUGUCACACGGCCUCUUGGAUGGCAUCUGUGGGACAAAGCACACAGAGGAGAACCCAGACAUUCUUCCCGACGAUACUAUCUUCCAAAUUUUCAACAACCGCAGUUGUCAGAAUCUAAAAGACAAACCCAAGGUCAUCAUUGUGCAAGCCUGCCGAGGCCAAGGUGCUGGGAGUGCUUGGGUGACCGACAUGGGAGAAGCCUCUGCAUAUAAAUGUGACAGGCUCUUGCAGCAGUGCAUCCUGAGUGAUGCUGUUAAGAAGACUCAUGUGGAGAAGGACUUCAUUGCUUUCAAAUCUUCGACUCCACAUAAUGUUUCUUGGAGACUUGACACAGAUGGCUCUCUCUUUAUUUCCCAACUAAUCUACUACUUCAAAGAAUAUUCUUGGUGUUAUCAUUUGGAGGAGAUUUUUCGAAAGGUUCAACGUUCGUUUGAAAUCCCAAAAGUAUUGACCCAGAUGCCCACGAUUGAAAGAGUGUCCAUGACACGCUAUUUCUACCUCUUCCCUGGGAAUUAAAACUCAAGAAGCAUCUCAGGAAAAUAGAGGAAUUAUGGUUAUUAUAUUAUGAAUAUACUAUUUUAGGUCACAUUUUGUGCAAGAAUAUUUUCAUGUCAAACUUCCCAACUGCUCACUCUCCACAAAUACCAGGCUAAAGUCACUCUCAUACUGUUGCUGAGGUAAUGUUUAACUAAUUCUUUUAAAUUUAUAGCUUUCUCAUUUUAACAUAAAGGAGAGUCAUGCUCAUUGGAAAACAAAUUUUAUGUGUAGAAACAUGUGAAAAACAACUAAAGAAGAAAUAAAGCUUCUUAAGGUUUUUGCAACUCUAUUCAUAGUAAACUCAAUUUUAUAAAGUUCAUGAAUUUUGUAUAAUCACUUUUGUGUCUUUCCUUUUGUUAUUUUGUCAUAACCAUUACUAACAGCAAUAAAACAGGCCCUAAAUAUGAUUUUUGAUUUUUUUAAUAUUCCAUCAGGCAUGUAUAAUAUGUAUUAUUUAAACCCUUACCUUACUUUUAGAUGCUGCUUUCAAUAUUUGUCUCCUACACAAUAUGAUGAUGAAUAUUUUCAUCUAGUUAAAAGUUUAUUUUCUUGGAAUGUAUUACUAAAUGCACAAUUCCUAUAUGAAAGUAUAAAUAUUUUUAUACUUUUUAUUGUCAAAAUUUUGUCAAAUCAUAUACAUACAAGAAAUCUGAGAUAAUCACUGGCAGAAAAACAAAGAGAAGUGUCUUUUUCAUAUUGUUGCCAGUUUAAUAGAUGAAGAAGUCAGUUUCACUGACAUAUUUUUUGUUACUAUCAUUGGCUUUUUAAACAUCUUUAUUAGCUAGUUUUUUAAAUUUUCUUACUUUUUUGAAUGAGACUGCUUUUCCUCCAUAGUUUCCAACUGAUUAUUGCCAUCAGUGUUAAGUGAAUGUGAAUUAUUAAUUCAUGUCAUUUUUCUAUUUUGUUUCAAGUUCUGUGUGUUUUUCUUGUCAACUUGUACAAAUACUUUCUCCAUAAUAACAUUAGCUCAUGGUCAUAUGUUAGCAAGAAUUUUUUUAGUUAGUUGUUUGAUGUUAAAUUUUGUGUAUGAUAAUAUGUGAUAUGUAAAACAUUCAAAUUUCCACUAAUGGAAUCCAUUUAUAUUACUUUCUGUGUUUGUUUCAAGAAAUUUUUAAAUUUAGAUAUGUAUUCUACCUACAAUUUCUUAUAGUUGUUCUUAGGAUUCUUUUUAUCCUCUAAACUAUAUGUAAACUAUAUGCUGUGAACUAUGGGAUAUUAUUACUGAGGAUAUUAUUGAUAUUUAUUCAAUGGAUUACCAAAGAUACACUUCUUGAAUCAUGCCUCAUUUUCUUACUAAUUAUAAAGUUGUCUUUAAUAUUAAUUUAGACUGUUCUCUGAGCUAUUUGUUUUGGGAGAAUAAAAUAAAGAUACUAGGCUUUUCUAUCUACAUUAGGAAAUCUUUGACUACAAAGGAUUAAAAUCCACUCAAACUGGCUUCAAAACAAAACAAAACAGUAGUCUUCACGCAAGUAUAUACUAGAUAUUCUGAUAUUCCUUUGCGUGGGAAAAAAAAUAGCCAAGUCUCUGAAAAUCUGGUGUAGAAAAUAGGAAGUCAGGAAAUCAUUCUCUGUAAUUAGUGUCUCCAACACUGAAUUUGAGUCCUUCUUUUAAAUCCUGCAUUUAUAAAAUUCUAAUUGUGCCAUUUAAAAUAAAUUAGUUAGUGUCUCUGACAGCUGUUUCCAGGUAAGAAGUGAAUACGCUCACACUUGACCCAUGGAGAGCAGGGUAUGUUAUGUGUACAAAGUGCCUCCCUAGAGCACUGCCUACCUCAUGGUGGGCAGUUAUUUAUGGUAGAAGUCAUUACAUGCACUGGUGCAUCUUUCAAGACUAUGCCCCAUCACACUGUGAAUCACUAUUAUUUUAUAGUCUACACUAGUCCUCCUUUGUUCACACUUGCCUUAGUUAGUCUUGUAUUCUACAUGCUUUUGGGUGAAAUUUAGAAUGAUGUUACAACUUUCUGGACAAUUAAAAUGGGGUUUCAAUGAGAUUUAAAUAUGUGCAUUUGAUUACCUAAAACAUGUUUUAGGUAAUCAUUAACCCACAUAUUUUUUUUUAAUCUUUAAAUGAAGGUUUAUAGUUUUCUCUGUAGAACCUCCUCAAAUUUUUGGAUAAGAGUAUUCCUAGGCAGAUUCUAUUUUCUCACUUUUCUGAUUGAGACCUCUUUUCCUCCAUCAUUUCCAACUGAUUAUUGCCAUCAGUGUUAAGAAAAUGAUAGGCAGUAUUGAUUCUCAAAUAUAUGUGAACAAGUCAGCAAACUUACUGAACAUUCAUUUAUCUAGAGAAUUUUUCACUUAGUUUUUCUUUUGAAAAUUCUGCAUAUAAAACUUUAUCAGUGGAAAAAUAAGAAAUUUAUCUCCUCCUUGCAUAAUUCACAGCUCUUAUCUCAAAACUUCAUGAAGUUUUAUAUUUAUCAUGUACCUCUAGGUAAAAUAGAAAAUUCGGUGAUAGUGAGCAUUCUCAGUCAUUAUUUUAAUGAAAAUAACUCCAGGAUUUCACAUUUGAUAUAAUAUUUCUUGUUAAUUUAUGCUAGACUUUCUUGAUAAUAAAAUGUAUAUUGACA